UAUUAUUAUUAUUAUUAUGCAGGAGCGUCCUAACAGAGAUAUACUGUACGAUGAAUUCCUGGAGGAAGCUAUUAAUCUUAGUCCAGCAGAUAGGGAGGAGAGACAGGUAGAGCUCACCCUUCCACAGCAGGAUGAUUUCUUUACCGAAGUAGACCUUAAUGAAAACCUUAGACACGAACGUGACGGAGUUCAUGGCCAUCAAAACGGAGGACGACGAGGGGGACGCAGACAGCAGGACAGUUUCAGUGCUCCAGCUCCAGCUCCAGUUGAACCUAGAGGAGGCAGACAAACCGGUGGAACCGCUCCAGCUCUAGGUCUCCUAAACAACCCACCAAAUGAGAACGGAGACUACAACUUCAACUUUUCCACUGAUGAUGGAGCCAGGCGAGAAGAGCAGGGACGUGUCGGUUCAGUUCAAGGAAGUUAUAGUUUCAUCAGCCCUGAGGGUGAACAGUUCUCUGUCUCCUACACAGCUGACGAAACCGGUUUUCAUCCAUCCGGUCUACCUCCCAUGCCAGCCCACGUGCAGAGGACCCUGGACCAUCUUGCCAAGGUUAACGGAAAGUAAAGACCAGGGCCCAGUGAAACUGCAGCAUCAAGAUAAAGACAGACACACCUACAAGAGCUACAGGUUGCAAGUAAACCUCAAGUAAGAAAAUGAUAAAAUUUUGUUAAUGGUGAGUUGUAACCGGAAAUAGCUGCAGCUUCAAACAUGUUACCUAGAUAAACUGUUUUUGUUUGAAUAAUAAAUGUUAGAAAAAAGA